CCAAGAGACGCUAUUUCAAGUUCGUUCCUCGUGUUCAAAAAGGAAGGUUUUCGAAACACCACGGCUGACAUCCUGAUGCAGGACUCAGUCGUCCAGGAUCGUCUCGGUGCUCAGACAAGCUUUUCAAUAUCCGAAUUGGAAAGCGUUGAAGAACAUUUGAGGCAUUACCUAUGCCCUGGAGACGAAGAUGACAACUCGCCGCAGCUCUGGCCGCUUGUUCAGAUGGUUAAAGUGCGAGGCAGAUUUGAAGUGUUAUCGAGCGGAAUUGUGCUUGUUGACAUCGCGGGCCAUGGCGAUAACAACGAGAUUCGUGAUAUCCACGCCGAUAACUUCAUGAAGGCCUCAGAUACUAGUGGAAUCAUCGUUGUCGCAAGCGCCACGCGAAUCCACAGUGACAAGGCCACAUCGCAGAUUCUCGAUGAACUGAUAACCACCGUCAUCCGAGACAAUCGACGGGUGGACGAAUUCUUGAUCGUUGCGGCGACACACAACGACACUCCGAUAGGGAACUCGGAGAUAGGACUGCAGGGUGCAGAUCUGCAGCAAAGCAAGGAGUUGUCCAGCCUCUUGAAAAAAUUGGGGCAGCAGCUGAAACGUCAGGGAGUGGGCGCCACAGAGAUCAACCAACAAAUAACUGCUGCGAAACGAGAACUCGAUCUUCUGAAGGCUUCAGCCCGAAUCAAGCUGAUCAAAAAGAAAGUCCAAGAUUCGUUCCAGAGGAAUUAUCGGCGACUUCGCAAGAACUGGGCGCUCGAGCCGCCACAAGAGCUCCCGGUGUUCGUGGUUGGGAGUAGAGACUAUCUUACAUCAAGAGAUGCCGUUGCUGGGUUUUCGGACGUGAUCCUGCAUGAGCCCGACGAGACAUACAUCCCUCAACUGGUCUCUCAUCUCAAAGACACAGCGAAACGCUUUCGCACUGCCUGGGCUUUGCGUGUGCUGCAAGAAGCCGAGACGUUCGUGAAGGACUUGAAGUCUUUCUCCACACCCGUGGUUCCCCUGUCGCCGGAACUCAAAGCAGAAGCAAGCCAGGUUGUCGCUGCACUCGAAACAGAGCACGGGAAAGAGAUUCAAUCGAUGAUGGACAAGGUCGCCGCGGCCUUGGAUGAGGUGAUGACGACGUUGAAAGAAGCAACACGCCAGGCCAGUGAAAGCGCACUCACUAGCGUCGACAAGUUCGCGACCAAGGUUCGCUGGAACACAUACAAAGCGUGUAUGCGCCGGGAAGGCAUCUGGAAGCAUCUGAACCUCAACCGGAGUCUUACGGUUGGGAUCAUGCCUGCUAUCGAGUCUGCCUGGAUGUCCACCUUCAGCGAGAAGAUUCCGCACAUCUUUGCCGACGCGACUCAGGCCAUCGAAGAGCUCACGCUAGCCCAUAUCGCCCAACUGGCCCGAGUCCUGGCCAACACGAAUACCGGAGAGCGUAUCAGAGCGGCGCAGGACUUUUUGGAUAUCCCGAGGAAAGCACGAGAUCUUCGCGAGUUUGCCACGGAGACCACCUCGGCCUGCCAGCGGGAAUGCACGCGCUCGUUCCAGGAAACGGUGCAGAAGCAGCUCGAGGACCAAUACCUCGAGGUGCGGAACAUGUCAGGGGCAGGCUCCUACGUACGAAUGAAGGACUCGAAUAAACAGUGGUUAGAGAAAAAUAGAGACAGGAUGUUCGACGCUGUCAAUGACACCGUCAGAGGGGAAUUCGACAAGGCGCUCGUGCGUGUCAAGGAGCGGGCCACAGAGGAACUCGGCCAGUGGGUUGAAGAACUGAGAGCCUUUGUCACAAAUGACGGCCACCAGAAGACAUCGGAGAGGGAUAGCAAAACCUGGACUUUGAUAUCAAAGCGUCUGCUGGCGCUAGAACCGCAGAUAGAAAAGAUGCGAGAUGGACUGAGAUAGUAAACUGUAGACAGAAAGAGAUCUAUCCAUCAAUGAAUCACGAGGGCUUCAUGGUCACUACUCACUCAGUACGCGACUGGGCACUGACAAUGGGUUACAUUCGUUAAUCGACGCGACGCGACGCGAUGCCUCCCACUUCGACGAGCGAAGAUCACAGAUAUCCCCCAUCCGGACUACCCUGAGGGAACCCCGCUCUUCCCUCAAUCGCAGCAUGACGACCCUUGAGGGCUCUAGCAAGCUGCGUCCCUGCAGCUCCACGCGACGCACUCUGUUCUUCCCCACACCCCAGCUGCACCAUGAACAACGAGAACGACACUGACACAAACCUGCUCUCGAUACGUUAGGCUGAGUCCAGCGACAGCGGUCACGACGGCAUGGAUGAACACGGAGAGGGGCUGACCAAAGACGCGCUCGUCCGCGAGAUCCAAGCCUUCGUAGCGUCAUCCGCCACUCGUCUAGCCGACGUGCUGGAGGACCGCUUCGCUGCCGACUCGGGAGACGCGCCGCCCCAGGUCCGGCUCUGGACACGCAGGGCCCGGAAGCUGGCAAAGCUCAAGGUGCCGACGUACCGGUACUGUCUUGUCGGCAGAACUGGCUCCGGGAAGUCGACGCUGACCAACUGCUUGUUGGAUGCCCUCGUUGUGCCGUCUUCCGCUGCAGUGAGUGCUGGUAUGCUUCUUCUGCAGGAGUCUGCUCCUUAUCGAUCCGCACAGGGCGCUUGUACAUCAGUCUCUACCGAGAUCAAGUAUCAUGAGUCGGAAACUCUCGAGGCGGUCGUCGCCUUUUGUUCGAAACGUGAAUGGAAACAGCAUGUAACUGAGCUCCUCAAUGACAUGUCGGUUACAGCUAUCCCCACCGUGACUUUCGGUGCACUGACGAGGACUGGCAGACGGGCUGAAAGCGAAGAGGAAAAAGGUCACGACUCACCCGCGGACAAAGCGAGGGAUACUCUACGUUCGGUACAUCCCUCUUAUGUCUACGACCCUCUUGUCCCAAUAUCAACUGCGGUCGCCACGCUCAUGAAAGAGCCCGUUAUACGAGAGCAUGUGGGGAAGUCUAUUUCGCUGACCGAAUCGGCGACGGCCGACCUUAGGGAUCAGGUUUAUCCGGUGCUUGCUCUCUUGUCCCAGCUGCUCAUUUUGUUCAAGCUCAAGAUAUAUCUGUCCGCAGAGGGAAAUCCGGAUACACCCAAGCUCUGGCCGCUUGUGGAUAAAGUGACCAUCAAGGGCAACUUCGAUGUGCUUUCCACAGGCGCUGUUCUGGUCGAUAUCCCGGGUCACGGGGAUAGCGAUGAUGUUCGUAACAAGUGUGCGGAACAGGCUGUGAAGGAUUCUAACACCAGCGGGGUCAUUCUCGUGACCGACUCGAGACGAGCUCAAGACGACAGGGAUACCUUCGAUUUCUUGCGAAAAUUGUUAUCUCAAAUCAUCGUCGACGGUCGAUCUGUUGAAGAGUUCAUCAUUUUUGCCGCGACAGGCAGCGACAAUUCGAUUAUGGAUGGCGAAGUCACACUGUCGGCUGAAGCGCAGAAGAAGAUAGCUGCCAUCGACUCUGUUGGUUUCCCAGACGCUCUCCCAGCAGGAAACGAGGCAGGUCCUGUGCGGGGACACCCAUACCGCAAGACAAUCAUCCAGAAACUGUUACAAGAGCGGAGCCUCAUCAAAGCAACACAAGAUGCGCCAAGACUCCCGGUGUUCGUCAUGGGCGGACAAGAUUACCUCAAAUUGAGCGGCAUUGUCUCCGAAAAUCCAUCGGUAUUCACAGAUGUGCAGCAGACGAAUAUUCCGCUAUUGAGAAAGCACCUGUACGACACAGCGGAUGAAAUGCGAACGAAGUGGGGGGCAGAUUGCUUGGAGAGGCUGGCCACUCUCGCCGAGGACAUGCACGAGUAUUUUAUCACGACAGAUUCUCCCGUUCAUCAUGUGGACGUGGACCAGAAGGAGACAUUGUUGACGCACAUCAAGGCGCUGCGGCGCGAAAACGAGAAGGAACUCGAGUCUGCGUUGUCUGGUAUCAAGGACGAGUUGCAUCGCGUGCAGGACUGCCUCGAGAUGGCCGUCAACAAGGCCAUGUUUGCCGCGCCCGGGGUGGUCAGAACGUUUGGCCUCAACAUACAUUGGAGCAGCUACCGCGCUAUGAUGCGCAAGCGGGGCUUUCACGGCCUGUACAAUCUCAACCGCAGUCUCACCGUCCACAUCUUCGAGCACAUCAAGAGUACAUGGAACGUCGCGCUGAACCAUCGGGUUCCCCUCAUCCUCAGAGAGGCUGUCGAGGAGACGAUCAUGGGUAACACACAGGAUUGUGUCGAGGCGAUAGCAGAAUCCCUGAAAGAGGAGGCUGUCCUGACGAGGAUCCUCCCGGAAUUUCAGAGUCUGCUCCGGGAAAUGCUUGUGCAAGCUUUGGAUGUUCUAUCCGAUGCUCAACGUGUCUGUACGCGAUCUUUUGUUGACACAGUGCGGACGGAGAUGGGGCCCGAGUACGAGGCAGCCAUGCAGAUCAAAGGAAGAGGGUCUCUGGUACAGAUGAAGGCAUCGAACGAAUGGUACUUGAGAGACUACGGAGAGGCCGUCUUUGGUGCCAUCAAUAUCAGCGUCGACCGUGUUUUGCACGAGGCUCUCGCCAAGAUCGGGCGGCAGAUCAAUUCCGACCUGGAUGACCUGGCGCAGGACCUGCAGGCAAUUGUGAAUGAUCCUGCCAGUGUGAUGUCAUCCGACGAUGACGAAGAGACCCGAAGCCUGAUCUUGGAGCAGGUCGAUCUGAUUCUGAAAUCGAGCAUAAUGAAGAACUUGGACUACUCAGCUAAGACCGAGUACGAAUCGGACUGCGACUGGGGCAGGUCGGGAAUACAUGAAUAGAUUGGAUUGGAUUGAAAAGAUGAUGG